UGGAGAGACUCUUUGAUAUGCUUGUUUCCGUUCAAUUGCUCGAUUGGAUGUGUGACAUUUUUAUAUUCAAAGUUCAGCAGCUCAUCGCUCACUCCUUCUUUUCUUCGUUCCUCUUCACUCCCAUCCUUCAUCAUCUCUCCGCCAUCUGUCACCACACAGCGUGGUAUAUUUCUCGACCCUUUCGUACUCGACACAAGCGGAUCAUCGAACACUAACAACACAUCCAAGGGGACUGAACUUGUCACUCCAGCAUCAGGAUUCCAUUCUUCACUCGCACACGACAUCUCAGUAACGGUCAACGGAAAGAGUGUACAUCAUGGAGAAUUUCAUAGAGAACGUGUCCGGAUACUCCAUGUGGGAUAUCCGCAAUGCCCUCGAGAAGGUGACCGCUAAGGUCAUGAACUACACGGAAAUGGAGCAGAAAGUCAGGGAGGCCACCAGCAACGAUCCCUGGGGGGCGUCCGGCACCCUAAAGCAGGAAUUGGCUCAGGCCACACACAACUUCCAAUACUUCAACGAGAUUAUGCCUGCCCUCUUUAAGCGCUUUACAGAGAGAGAGACGCGCGAAUGGCGCGUAAUCUACAAGUCGUUGGUUCUUCUCGAGUACCUUGUCACGCACGGCUCCGAGCGUGUCGUUGACGAAGCAAGAAGCCAUAUCUCGACUGUCAAGGUACUCCGCAACUUUCAGUAUGUGGAUGACAAUGGCAAGGAUGAGGGUAUCAAUGUUCGCAACCGUGCCAAAGAGUUCGCUGAGACGCUGAGCAGCGUAGAUCGCAUUAAGGAGGAACGCAAGAAGGCAAAGGCAAAUCGAAACAAAUUUGUUGGUUCUGAGGGAGGCGGAAGUGGAUUUGCAGGCACCAGCUCUAAAUAUGGAGGCUUUGGAAGCGACAGUUACUUUGACGACCGCUCUGGCGGAUAUGGAGGAUACAGUGGCGGUGGAUCAGGAAGUGGGCGGUAUGAUGAUCGUAGCAGCAGCAGCAGGCCCGGCCGCUAUGACGACGAAGAUCGGGACCCAUCUAGCUCACCACCCGUCCGUCGUAGUGCUCGCAAGUCUGAGGCGGCCAAGGCCGCUGCCAAGGUCGAACCCGUCAAGGAGGUGAACCUCUUUGAUUUUGAUGAACCCGCUACAUCGGCGCCUGCGAACCAGGUUGCCUUUGGUUCGAACACAUCCAAGCCUGCGGACGAUGGCUGGGGUGACCUUCAGUCUGCCACUGACGAUUUUGACGAUUUUCAAAGUGCACCUCCAGUCGAACAAAAGGCUCAGGCGUCCAUUCCAGCGUUUCCAGCCUAUACUCCCACAAUGGCCUCUGUCCUCCCGCCAGUAAGGACAAACAGUACUUCCAGCAGCGCCGGCAAUGGUUUUGGCGGAGUCAGCGCCAAACCAGCGAAUAAUGGCGGGGCAUUCGAUCUCUUGGGAAGCAGUCCUGUCAACAGCAACACGAUGGCCUCGUUCGGCGGCAGCACCAUCCCUCCCCUAUCGGCAUCGUCGGCGCAGUCUAACAACAACGUCAAGCCCUCUUCCUCUUUUCCAGUUCAGACCAAUAAUCCCUCGGCUUCCAAUCCUAAUGAUAUUUGGGCCAAUGCUUCUGGAUUGAUCUCGUUGGAUGGUCUCGGCAAGACCAAGGCCAAGGAGGCAGCGCCGUCCAUGAACGCCUUGGCAGCCAACUCAUGGAAUUCUGGCGCGUGGGCCAGCAAGCCUGCGACCCCUGCCGCCUCCAACCAAAACUCAAUGGCAUUUGGUAACUUUGGAACAAUGCCAACCAACAACCAGUCAGCCAAGAAGAACAAUAAUAUGAACUUUGACGAUCUGCUGUCCUAGAUCGGGUCCGCAUAGUAUGCGGUAUUCUCGGAUACCUCUCUAUCUGAAAUAACUAUAAUACUCAGGUUUUGCACUGAAAUAAACGUCUACAUUGAAUAUUCAGACGGCCUUGUUCCUUGCGUCGUUUGAAAUCAAUAUUGAGG